UACAAUGCUAGAGCUCCUGCUCUAGAAGAAUGCAAAGUCAAGAGCAUUUGUGGUUUGCACUGCUGUUAAUCAGGGAUUGCAGAAGAGUUGAAUGUUUUUUCCCUUCUCUCCCCAGACAGCCUGCCAGCGUUCCCCAUUGCCAUGGUGGCAGGGAUAGUCAUCGGUACGGUUACAGGUGUCCUACCGCUCAUCUCUAUUGUCGUGUGUCUUGUCGUGAGAAAGAACAACUCUAAAAAACGUUACUCUGGCUGCGGUACCUCUGAGAGCUUGAUGUCACCGGUUAAGCAGGCUCCACAGAAGUCACCCUCCGACACAGAGGGUCUGGUAAACAGCGUGCCCGUCAGAUCACACCAGGGCCCAGUCAUUUACGCGCAGUUAGAUCACUCCGGCGGACAGCACAGCGACAAGAUUAACAAGUCAGAGUCUGUGGUCUAUGCUGACAUUCGGAAGAACUGAGAGGAGAUGCUAACUCAUCCAAAGCAAAACACACAUUCAGACUGGAAUUGCUUGAACAAAAUUUGACCCAGAGAACUCACAUGUGGCCUUUGAUGCCUAGGCUAGGACCAAUGCAUGUGUAUACAGAGGGAAAGAUAUAUAUGUAUUGUGUGUAAAUAGUCUAUUUAAUCGUACAGAAGUGAUACCAGUGUUGCAUGUUGAAAUGCGAUAAGAAUUCUGCCUAUAAAUUGCUGACAUUCUUUUUGUAUCUUGUAUGACGAGAGAGAAAGUGAAAACUCACAUCACAAUUCUUAAAUAUUUUUAUCUUGAUUAUUAAUGGAGAAACUGGAAGAUGCCUGAAGAUUCUAGAUUGACCUGGAGAGUCUUUUUUUACUUAUGGGGCCUAAUUUUCCUUGGUGGGGGGGACCCUCACAGAUAUUGAUUUUGCCUUGAUCAGGU